AUUAUUGGCCUUAAAGUUAUUGGGCGCGAUUUCAACGCAACAUAGGAGAGAGAAUGUUGAAGAAAAUUUCAAACAAGUUGAAAAAGCAGGAGGCGAAGAGAGAUGACACAACCACGGCUCUUCCUCCUCCAAAAGCUUUAUGGACAUCUAUUUCUAACAUUUCCGAACCUGACUCAGCUGAUUCCGGUUUCUUUGAAGCCGUUUGCAGAAAUGACGUGGAUGAAGUACGAAAGUACUACAAGUCCAACAAAACUAUUAUUAAUGUCCCCGAUUCCAAUGGACGAACGGCUUUACAUAAGGCUUCGGCAAGAGGUUAUCAUAAAAUUAUUAUGUAUCUUUUAUCUCAUGGUGCCGAUUUAGAGAAACGUGAUAAGCAAGGUAAAACCGCUCUUUACUCCGCUGUUGAGAAUGGUCACGUUAAUUGUGUUGGAAUUAUCGUCGAUUUCAUACAUUCAGUUGACCGAAGGCCAAGGGCGCCUUUCAUUCUCUUGAGAUCUAUAAAAAGUCAAGAAAAGAACCUUGAAGACGACCUAAGGAGAUCCUACGUGGUGGAACAAUCUAGAAGUUGUUCAGUGGUCAAGAGCUUCUCAUUAAGAAAUUUUCUGUGUGUUGAAAUAUUACUAGCCCAUGGACAAGCGGCGAAUGACCUUGGGGUUUUCCUAUAUCAGACCCUCGAUAUUCCUACAAAACACAUUUUAUUAAGGAAUGUAAAGGGGGAUAUGAAUACUUCAAAUAUUUCAAAGUGUUUCCCAAGCAAAACCAUAACACUUACAAUAUUAAAAUCCAGUAUAAGAGCUGGGAAUCUAUUGAAUUUCUCUUCUCUAAAAAAUCUUAUCAUUGUGGAAUGUGGAAUGAGACAAUUACAGCUGGAAGGUUUGGACUCUCUGGAAUCUUUAGACGUUAGCGAAAAUCGUCUAACAAGUCUACCGGCUUCUAUAGGACGAUUUAAGCAGCUAAAAGUUAUCCGAGCAGUAAAGAAUCAUCUUACAUGUCUACCCCCCUUUGAGUUAACAAACCUAGAGAUCUUGGAUGUUUCCUGGAACCAAUUAAAAAUUCUUCCUAAUCAACUCUGCUCUUGCACAUCCCUCAGACAGCUAAAUGUUUCAAAUAACCAGCUAAUAAGCCUACCUGAAGAUAUAGGAUUAUGCUCCCAAUUAAGAACCAUUGAUCUAGAGCAGAAUAAGUUGAAGACCGUUCCGACUUCGCUGUCAACAUUGAAUAAGCUAAAAGACAUCAUUCUGAAUUAUAAUCCAUUAGAGGAUGUUUCCGAUGAGUUAUCUGUUCAGGAAUUAAAGUCCUAUUUAAGAAUUCUCACGGAAGAUCCCGUUCCAUGCAAUACUAUGAAAAUGGUUGUAGUUGGACAGGAAAAAUGCGGAAAGACUAGUCUAAUUAAAAGACUUCACCCCGUCCACAACAGCACUAACGUUGUUAGGAGACUUUCCCAGCUAAAACUAUCUGCUCGACCGAACAUGCGCCAAGCUUCAAGGGUCAAGAGUGUUGAUGUUCGGCAAGUAAAUCUUGGCGAGGAAAUUGUUCUUAAGAUUUUUGAUUGUGGCGGUUCGGCAGAUUUGUACGAUGACCACGGGUUUUUUUUAACUGCUGGAGCCGUAUACGUUACAGUUUUCAAAAUGAAUGAAUGGACUGAAUGUACAGUUGAAAGAUCAAAUUUUCUUCUUGGAAGACUUCAACUAUGGCUCUCUUAUAUCUAUUCAAAAGCUCCGAAUGCCUCUGUUAUUAUUGUUGGAACACAUGCCGAUCAUUCAUCGUUGAACGAUGAUCUUAAACAAGAAAUAUGGACAGAAGUAAGGAAACUAUUGAGUCGCUGCAAGAUCAAACACACUCGUAUGGACUCGUGCAGUGAUUGUAUACUCUGUACUGUCGGUUGUCUACCUCAAAGACGCCCUCCAACUGGAAAUCUUACGGCGAAUGACAUAGAAAACGCGACGGAUGACAGCGGAGGCGCAGAUGGAGUACAAUCACCUCUUUUUUCACCUCACAUUAUUGCUUAUUUUGAAGUCAGUUCUCCAGACGGGGCCAACAUUGAAUCUCUUAAAACCUAUAUGGAAAACAUUUGCAGGAAAACAAUAUCAUUAAAUUCAUAUAUCCCAAGAAGAUGGUCUCAACUACAAGAUUCUUUAAACAGAAUAGAAAAACCAGUAAUAACCAUGGAUGAAAUGGCUAAGCUAGCUCAGGUUCAUGGCGUAAAAAAUGAUGAAGAGUUCCUUUUAAUGUUAGCUAGGUUCGCCAACUCUGGUUCGGUCGUCACCGCUUCUCGGUCAAAUAAUACCGUUAUUGUUCUUCAACCUGAAUGGUUGGCAAAAUGUCUCUCAACCAUACACGCCAUACCAUCUGAUCCUAAUAAUGUAGGCCUGAUACAAGAAGACUUAUUACUUAAACAAUUGGACCAAGAUGCCUUAUCCUUUCUACUAAGUUUGUCAAUUUGUAUUCGAUUGAGUGGAACAAAAUUAUUGUUAGCACCCUCGAGAUUACCGGCUGGCUACCCUCCUGAAACAUCGUGGAGGAAAUUUCCAGAAGAUGAUGAACUACAAUUUGUUUUUAUGGUUACCCUACCAACAAUUGCUCCACCAAGUUUCUUUCCCGAUUUAACAGUUGCAUUAAGAAAAAAUCGGACAGACGAAGUCUACGAAGGUGUAAAAUCCACGUACUUAUUAACUCACAUUGUCGAAGUAAUAGAUGGUUUCGCAUACCACAUUCAGUUGAAAAGAAAUGUUCUAUUACUAGAAAUACGAACAACAUUCGACAGAGAUAUACACGAAGGUAUCGAUAUUCUUGAUCGAAUUUUAGACAAAGUCACUAGUACUUAUGAAGGACUCAAAUCUCAAGCUUCUAUGAACUCCAGACUCCUCAACACAAUCAUUUGUCCUGGAUGUUUAUUUAAUAAUGUAGAAAACCCAGCUAGAUUCCCUUCCAUCAUUCUAUCGUAUGAUGACGAAUCAGAUGUCUCAUGCGAGCAGGGUCAUCAGCUCGGCGCAAAUUUCGAAUUUAUAAAGGGCCAAAUACCAAAGAAAUUAAUACCUAAAGAGAAAUCAGAUCUUUCGGCGAAAUGUAAUGGAUUUCCAACAUAUUUUGUCGUUCUACCAGCGGUUGGUGAUGGCCUAAAUAUUGCUAAACAAACUAUCUACCCCAAUCAAUAUUCUGCGUAUGCUUUACAUGCUGUAUGCGAAUUUCCCGAUGGUUUGCACAUAAGUCCGGAAGAAGGGCUGGCCCUUCAUCGUAACGUCGACGAAAUAAUGCACAAGUACGGUCCUCAUACUUUAGCCGUUUUACAAUUACUUCGAAUUACUAGCGAUUCGUCUGUUUUGGCCAAUGAUAUGGCAGUUAGAACGAAGCAAAUCACGCAGACUUUAGAUGGAAUGCUUAAAGAUCUGGAAGCAAAAUUUAAGAUAUCAACUCUGAAGUAUCCUUUAGAUAAGGUAGAUAGUAAUUUCCUGAGAAGUAGGCUGAAUUUGGCAUCAAACUGUCGAAGAAUUUGUGGUCUGACUAAAAUACAAUUUGAUGGAAGAUCAAUUUGGGUAUGCGAUAGACAUUAUCGUCAAUUAUUACCAAAAGAAACGGAUCACAGUGAUUACUUCAAUCUCCUUAAUGCUACUUUAAGAAAAGAAAGCUUGGCUUGA